AUGGAUGAGGUCUUGGUGCCUCGGAAAAAGGUUCCAGAUGUGGAGAAUGGGUCUCCGCCGUCCCUCGAGGGACAUCCACCCUCCCGAAGAGGGUUGGGGCCUAUCACCAUUGUUCUCCUCGUCAUGUGCAUACCUGCCCUGUUGGUCCUAAUCCUCGGCGGUGAAAGCCAGAGGUUCGAAGUGCAAGUGGAGUAUCUUCCGCUCAACGCACGUGAUACCGGCAUCUCUGGCAAUGCUGCGGCUACCACUCAGCCUGAGAACUACACCCUGACCCUCCAUAUCAAGAAUGAGACUAGUCUCCACGGCAAGCGCGUGAUGGUUGGCGAGGAUGGGUAUCUUACCGUCAAUGUUGACCCCUUCUCGACCGCGUGCGAAAACUAUGAAGGGGUUCAGACCAGGGGUUUCACAUGUCGGACGGAUCUCAUAUUUCAUGACGACCUUCUCCCGUUGAGGAAGGACGACGUCGACCACAUCCACGAACAGCAAUUCAUCUACUUCUGCAAGGACGGGAGGCUCAAGUUUUCCAAGAACGCCACCAUCCCUUUCGAAAAUUGCAUGGAGAACACUCCGCAGGCGCAGUUCACCUGGACCAGCCUCCCUGACAUCGCCGAGGACAUCGCCAAUGACCCUAACGCGGAACAACCCGUCGAAGAAGGAUGCAACAAGGGAAUAGCAGGUUACGACUGCCGCACGCCCGGUGGUCUUUGGAAGUUCCGCAGCAUUGAGAUGGGAUAUUUUGAGAGCAGCAAUCUCUUCUUGUGCUGGAACGCCACUGAUAAGAGUGACCGCCGCUGGCGCAUCCAUACCCGAACGCUGCACUUCGCGAAGACAGAGGCGAUGGCCAACUUGGGGCAAAGCAAACUCGACAACCAUUGCCGAGAACUGGAUGGUCUUGGAACACACGCGUGGGCGGGGGAGGCGCGGGAAGCAUAUCCUGGGACCUAUGAGGGGUUCACACCCAUCGUGUGA